AUGACUUUCUCUCGCUCUUCUAUGCUGGCCCUGGCGGCUACUGCGUUGGUUACUGGUGCCUCGGCCCAGCUGAAGGUUUGCACCAACAACAGCACCCUCAGUUGCCAGAGCUCAUCCCAGGCCCCGACCUGCUGCUACAACUACCCCGGCGGUGCUCUCCUUCAGACUCAGUUCUGGGAUACUAACCCAUCCACGGGCCCAACUGACUCCUGGACCAUCCACGGUCUCUGGCCCGACAACUGUGAUGGAACCUAUCAGUCCAGCUGUGACUCUACUCGUGCCUACACCAACAUCUCCGACAUCCUGACGGCACAGGGUCGCAAUGAUCUUCUGACCUACAUGCAACAGUACUGGGUGGACAUCAACGGCGACGACGAGACCUUCUGGGCCCACGAAUGGGGCAAGCACGCUGCUACACCAACUACACCCCCUCAGGAAGAAGUCGGCGAUUUCUUCCAGAAGGUGGUGGAUCUGUUCAAGGGUCUCGAUACGUAUAAGGCCCUCGCCGCCGCCGGCAUCACUCCUGAUAGCUCCAAGACCUACAGCCUGAGUGAUAUCCAGGCUGCCCUGAGCAACCUGCACGGCGGUGCUUCGGUCUACAUUGGCUGCUCGAGCGGCUCGCUGAAUCAGGUUUGGUACUUCUACAAUGUGGCUGGCAAUGCUAUUGAUGGCCAGUACCAGGCUGUCGAUACUCUUACCAAGUCGAACUGCCCUAACACUGGCAUCCAGUACGCGCCCAAGUGA